CUUAUACUUGUAUGCCUUGUGUUGGCGGCGUUGCUGUCAAAGCUUUUGAUGAGGUACCUUUUAUUUUGCCACGAAGAAGAAAUGUGUUGAACCUCGUGAAGCGGCAAGUCACUUCUCGCUACAAUGGACUGGGAUCAAAGUGAGCUGCUGUCACCGGUGGUUCGGGAUGACGAGGUGACUGUGGCUGCUCGUAGAAGGAGGAAAAAAGUGGCGUUUCCCUCACCAGGCACAGGUAGUCCUGUUGUUUCCACGGUAACACCGGCCCGCUCCCUGCUGAAGAACACGCCUGCGUCCCUCUUCAGACAAGCUGUAACUCCCAGGAUUCCAGAAGUGUCUGCUAUUCUGGCUCCAGCAGGUCGAACACCUCGCUACACGCACACACCUAGAAACACUCUGAGCAGUGUGAAUUUGGAUGACAGUGACUGGACAAACAGCAUGUACAUAUCCCCCAUUUCGGGUUUGGAAAACACCAGCUUCUUCACAGAGGACAUUACCGACCUCAGCUCGGCCCUGUUGAAGGAAGAUGACCCAGGAGAGGCAGCCGCCACCAGUCUUUUCCCAGAGUUCCUUGCGUCCUUUUUAAAACACUCCUCCACUGCUGUGUUUGAGCUGUUGGAGGAUUACCAGAUGCUAUGUCAGGACAAGGUGGAAAUGCUGCAGUCAGUGGUGCUGCGGGCGGGUCAGAACAGUAAGACUGCGGGAGUCCGCUGGCUGCUGCAGCAGGAGAGCUGCUCCUGGAGGCUCAUCACCUCCCUUUACAGGGACCGAGUCCAGUUGGCGCUGGAGGAUGACAUCAUGAGAGACAUGGCUAUUCCCAGUGAAAGUGAGAAGGUGGUGGUGGAGCAGCUUUUCCAGCACGAUGCUCUCAUACGCCAGAGUCAGUUGGUCGUUGAUUGGCUGGAGAGAAUCGCCAAGGAUCAGAUUGGAGACUUUUCAGACAAUAUUGAAUAUUACGCCAAAAAUGUCUGCUGGGAGAAUACCCAGCAUGCACUAAAGCUGAGGAGGGAGAGGGGCACUGCCUUCACCGUCCCUCUGGUCACUGAGCUGGAUCCAGACGCUCCCCUCCGCCAGCAGCGACCCCUCGCUGACCUGGACCGAGAAGACGAUGCCCGUCUGCUGAAGAACCUGUUCACUCUGAUUCGAGCUGGGAUGACUGAGGAGGCCCAGAGGCUGUGCACACGCUGUGGCCAGGCCUGGAGAGCAUCCACUUUGGAAGGCUGGAAGCUCUACCACGAUCCUAACAUCACCUCAGGCAGCCUUGAGUUACAGCCUGUUGAGGGUAAUCCUCAAAGAGGAAUCUGGAAGGUCUGCUGCUGGAGGAUGGCUGAGGAGGAGCAGUUUAACAGAUACGAGAGAGCCAUCUAUGCCAGCUUGAGUGGAAACAUUAAACCACUGCUGGCUGUGUGUGAGUCGUGGGAGGACUGUGUGUGGGCGUACUUCAGGGUAAUGGUGGACUCGCUGGUUGAAAAGCAUCUGAUGUCAUCGGGUAUGGUCCACCAGGAAGUGGAGACAAUGCCACGAGAAUACCUGGAAGCCAAUUGGACUAUGGAAAAGGUGUUUGAGGAGCUUCAAGCUUCAGAGUCAAAGAGGGUGCUGGAGGAGACACGAGAGCACUACCAUGUCAUCCAGAAGUUUGUCAUCUUGGGGGACCUGGACGGUCUUCUGGAGGAGUUUUCUUAUUGGCUGACGGCCUCUAAGGUCCUCCCCUCUCACCUGCUGCGCUUCAUGGCUCACCUGCUCAUGUUUUUCCGCUCUCUGGGUUUAGCCCUGAAGGAGGACGUGUGUGUGGACGUGCUGAAGGCGUACGUUGCCCUCCUGAUUCGAGAUCAGCAAACGGAACUUGUGGCGAGCUACGUCAGCCAGCUCCCGGCCGAACUCGCCACAGCUCAAUACGCCGCCUUCUUGGAGACCGUCAGCCAGCCAGAGCUCCGCCCACGCUGCCUUCAGCUCGCCACCGAGGCUGGUCUGGAUGUGUCUGCUGUCACUAAAUUGGUGGUGCAGACCGUGAGAGAGAACGACACCGAGUUCAUGCACCACAGUGACACUCUCAAGACAGGAACCACAAAGGAGGACCAAAAGAAGAUUGAUGUCAUCGAUUGGCUUUUGUUUGACCCCACCCAUCGAGCUGAAGCCCUCAAGCAGUCCAAUGCCAUCAUGAGGAGGUUUCUGGCUUUGGAGAAACACGAUGCAGCCAAGGCAGUGUUCUCCAAAGUUCCGGAGGAUUCGAUGAGAGAAAUCUACUGCCAGUGGUCUAGGCUCAGUCAGACCACACCCUUACCCGCUGAAGAUGAGAACGCCAUCAGAGAACACCUGUGUAUCAGAGCCUACCUGGAAGCCCAUGAAGCCUUCACUGACUGGUUCAGUAACAGUAGCUCCGCCCCCCAGAAGCCAACACCUGCUCCUGAGGUCAAAUUCACAGAGAGAGUAGCCAAUGAGAUGCGAGAGAAAGAGUACAAGGCCUCUUUGUCCGCCUGGUCCAGCCGUCUGGAUGUUCUGACUGAAGACGUAAAAGAGAGCAUCUACAAUGUGUUGCUGUUUGUAGACGGAGGCUGGAUGGUGGACAACACACAGGAUUCAGAGCAGGAUGCAGAGCGCAGCCACCAGAUGGCGGCGUUGCGCUCACUUUGUCUGCCUCGACUCAGCUUCCUGCUGCUCAGCGUGCUGCAGAGCUCCUCCAGACACCAGGAGGCGCUACGACUUGCUGACAUAAUCUCUUCUGACCAGCAUCGCCUCUACCAGGUGUUUACUAAAGAGGAGCUGAGGAGGUUUCUCCUGAAGUUGAGGGAGUCAUCACUCUCUCUGUUGGACCAGGGACUUGACCCGCUCGGCUACGAAUUACAGCCAUGAGGGCGCGUGCAUUGUGUUUAUAUUUGCAAAAUAAAAGCUUGUUUUUCUGUA